UUUUUUUUUUUUAAUUUUCAAUUCUUUUAUUUGCUCAAACCAAACCUUCCAUCUUCGCCAUUCUCAAUCGUCAAUGGCUUCUUUGAAUCUCUCCUAUUCUUCUUCUUCACCAGCACUCUCACAAACACGGGCAAUCAAACAGUUCAAAUUGUUCAAUGGACUGAAUUCAGCAAUUGUGAAUGGACAGGGAUCUGAUUUUCCCUUUGUCCGGUUGAGCUCUAAAUUUUCGUCAACCGAAAAUGCUGUUUCCAAGGUCAAAGCUACAUUGAUCUCUGGAGGAGGUGACCUACUUUCUUAUCCAAAUGGCAGUGCUGUUGAGAAUUUAGACAAAGAUAAAUCUGUUGGAAUUGAGGUUCAACCUGAUGCAAUAGCAUUUGGAUCCCUGCCUACGGACACCACCCUGUCGAGCAUUGGUUUUAGCAUUGAGAAUGAUGAAUUUGAUUUGGAUGCACCCACCAAAGGUUUUGCUUCCAUCCCUGAGGCCAUUGAAGAUAUUCGCCAGGGAAAGAUGGUAGUUGUUGUAGAUGACGAAGAUCGUGAAAAUGAAGGGGACUUGAUAAUGGCAGCGCAGUUGGCAACACCAGAGGCCAUGGCUUUUAUUGUGAAGCAUGGAACUGGUAUAGUAUGUGUGAGCAUGAAGGAGGAAGAUCUCGAAAGGUUGGAACUUCCUUUGAUGGUAAACAGCAAAGACAAUGAUGAGAAACUCCGAACAGCAUUCACUGUGACAGUGGAUGCCAAACAUGGUACCUCCACAGGGGUAUCAGCUCAAGAUAGAGCAACUACCGUAUUGGCCCUUGCCUCAAAGGAUUCUACACCUGGUGACUUCAACCGCCCAGGCCAUAUUUUCCCACUAAAGUACAGGGAAGGUGGUGUUUUGAAGAGAGCCGGACACACAGAAGCUUCGGUGGAUCUUGCUGUACUUGCUGGUUUGGAUCCAGUGGCAGUUCUAUGUGAGGUUGUUGAUGAUGACGGUUCGAUGGCUCGGUUGCCAAAGCUUCGUGAGUUUGCAGAGCGUGAAAAUUUGAAAAUCGUGUCUAUUGCUGACUUGAUAAGAUAUAGAAGAAAGAGAGAUAAACUCGUUGUUCAUGCUGCUGCUGCCCGGAUACCUACAAUGUGGGGACCGUUCACAGCUUACUGUUAUAGAUCACUCCUAGAUGGGAUUGAGCAUAUUGCAAUGGUUAAGGGUGACAUUGGUGAUGGACAAGAUGUUCUUGUCAGGGUACACUCGGAGUGCCUGACAGGAGACAUAUUCGGGUCUGCCAGAUGCGAUUGUGGGAAUCAACUUGCACUGGCAAUGCAACAGAUCGAGGCUGCAGGCAGGGGUGUACUGAUAUACCUCCGUGGACACGAAGGGAGGGGUAUCGGGUUGGGACAUAAGCUUCGUGCUUACAACCUACAGGACGAUGGACGUGAUACUGUAGAAGCCAACGAGGAGUUGGGAUUGCCUGUUGACUCUAGGGAGUACGGUAUUGGUGCGCAGAUAUUGAGAGACUUGGGUGUUCAUUCUAUGAAGUUGAUGACAAACAAUCCAGCAAAGUAUGUUGGGCUCAAAGGAUAUGGUUUGACAGUUACAGGGAGAAUCCCACUGGUAACUCUCAUCACACCAGAGAAUAAGAGGUAUUUAGAGACCAAGCGCGUGAAAAUGGGACACAUGUAUGGCUUGGAGUUUAAGAGCCAAUUGAACAGUAAUGGCAGUGUCAAUGGUGAAGCCAACAGUGUAGAUGAAUCCAAUGCUGUUACUAGCUUAUAAACCUGGAUUCUUUGUUUUGGGGAAAAUAAUCUGCAUGCUGUAAAUGGAUCCCAAAAGUGAGAAAUAACACAGAUUCUGGUGGUGAUUGAUUGAUUUCAAAUUCAUUUGCCCAAUUUUCCUCAGGGCAAGGUCAAAAAGAAUUAUAUAGGCCUUAGAAAAGAUCCUUCUCUGAAACUUGGUGCUGUGUAUAAUAUUAGGGAGCAUUGCCUAUGCCUUUUAUGGAGAGCUUCAUUAUACAUUAAAAUAUUAUAUUUCCUUUGUUUCUGAAGGAAUUUAUAUUUCUA